AUGAUCUUGACGGACGCCCCCAACGCGUCAAUUAUCGAAGUUACUACGUCACGUGACCGUGUAGUGGGUCGCGGCCCACUUUUCAAAUUCAUCGGAUCUGAUAAAGCCUUGAAGGAAAAAAUAUCUACAAAAAGAAGAACAUUCAAGACGGGGCUCGAGAUGAAGGAGAAAGGCGAGAAUACCAUGAAGUUUUUGGACGGGAUCGACAACGCAGUCACCCGCCGCUUGGCAAAGGAACUGAAGCUUCUCGUCAAAAUGACGAAAGCACGAUCGCGCAAGGAGAUCGCGACCCUGCCUGAGGACGAGGCGCGCAAACUCCUAACAAAACUUCUAACGGACAUCCAAAAGGUCGAAAAGCCGUUCAGAAGGGAGAUGAUCCGUUUCCAUCUGCGAGUUGAUGAAGAAGAAAGGAGGACUCCGAAGACUCGUCCCACGAAGCGCAGGAAGGUUCCGGCCCUUGAAUGGGCGGGUGCGUACGACGUCUAUGCCCCAAAGCUUUCGGAAGAACAUCAAGAGGCAAGAAAAAUUCUUUCCUUGGAAACUGGGCCAUCGUCCACCGCCUCCCAAUUAUGGGCUUCCUUUGACUUUGGCGUCGUUCAGGGCAUCCUUCGCUCAUUCAACCCUCCUCCCAAAGCUGUUGGUGACAAGGCCUAUUUUUUGUGGCGCGGAAAGAUCAAAGGCGACAUGAAGUUCGGCGACGAAAAUAUAGGGGUCAUCACCUUCCUCGGCGACGGAAAAAUCCAAGGUUCAAUGGAUGGCGCAGGCUUCAACAAAUUUAAUUUCUUUGGGAGGCUCAAGUCCACAAUGACUGGGAUUGGAGACAAAGCACAUCUCACCAAGGUCACCGGUUGGAAAGGGCAGUGGAGGGGAAUAAAUGCGAGUUUGCGUGAUAUGGAAAUGCGCCAGAGACACCAACAAUAUUCAAGAGGUGAAAUUGAACGCCCGGAUAGUCCGGCUGUUUCUGAUACAACAGCGGCGUCGGAUGAGGAGGGGUCGGAGGACGACGAGGAUGAGGAGAGCUCAGAUGGCGAGGGCUCGGACGACGGGGGCAGAUAA